AUGUCCGGUACGAAUGAACUAGAAAAACACUUACUCACAAGAUGCUACGACUCGCAUCAUGAAAUUUUACAAGUCUUGGAAUCUAGAUACUCUACAGAAGGUUCUGCAUCGUCGAAAUCCAACAUUUACUUCAAAUCCAAUGACGAACCGUUUAAAAAACGUAAACUUAAUCUACUUCAACAAGACAACUCAUGUGAUAUACCAGUUAUAAGGAAGCAGUCGACUAGGAAAGAGUUGAAAGAGUACAUGAACAAAACCUUGACCAAUCAAAGAAAAUUGAUUAAAAAAGUCCAGCGUCUUCGAAAAACUGGUAAACCUUUUGAUUUACAAGAUUACCUCGAUCGAUAUAAUGUUCCAAAGUUUGAAAACUUUAUUCAAAUGAACCAACUAUGGCAAAGCUAUAUUCAAAACAUACUUUCUUAUGAUGGUAAGUUCCAAUUCCAAAUCUCAAACAUUUUGCCAAAACUCGUUAAUGCUGAUUUUAAUGGAUGUUUUAUAACUGUUUUACAAUCAAGAAAUACAAACGUUGUAGGGACAAGGGGUAUCGUUGUUUGGGAUAGUCAACACUCAUUUAUAGUUGUUACUCCUAGGGGCGAAGAUUCGAGGGAGUGGACUGAUGGGAGGGACGUUAACUUUCUCUCACCAACUGAACUAAUUGGUGGAUUUAAGGUUAUUCCAAAACAGCACACAAUGUUUGGCUUUGAAAUCAUUGUUCCUCACAAUAAUAACAACAAUAAUAAGGAGGAGGAGGAGGAGGAUAAUGUAUUAGAGAGGGAGCAUGGAGAGAAUGAUUUAGUCGAGGGCAACGAUGACGACUUUGUAGAAUCUAUCGCAUUCACAAUAAUAGGUUCCAGGUUCGAACUACGAAGCGUUGACAGGUCGUCUAAAAAAUUCAAGAAUCAUCCAAUACAAGAUGUUUUGUGA